CACCGAGCAGCUGAGGAAGAUCUCGAGAGACGCGGGCAUGCCGAUCCAGGGCCAGCCGUGCUUCUGCAAGUACGCGCAGGGGGCCGACAGCGUGGAGCCCAUGUUCAGGCACCUGAAGAACACGUACGCCGGGCUGCAGCUGGUGGUGGUGAUCCUGCCCGGGAAGACGCCCGUCUACGCUGAAGUGAAGCGUGGGGACACGGUGCUGGGCAUGGCCACGCAGUGCGUGCAGAUGAAGAACGUGCAGAGGACCACGCCGCAGACGCUGUCCAACCUCUGCCUGAAGAUCAACGUGAAGCUGGGUGGCGUGAACAACAUCCUGCUUCCGCAGGGCAGGCCCCCCGUGUUCCAGCAGCCGGUCAUAUUUCUGGGUGCAGAUGUCACUCACCCACCCGCUGGGGAUGGCAAGAAGCCCUCGAUCGCCGCCGUCGUGGGCAGCAUGGACGCCCACCCCAACCGCUACUGCGCCACCGUGCGGGUGCAGCAGCACCGGCAGGAGAUCAUCCAGGACCUGGCCGCCAUGGUGCGCGAGCUGCUCAUCCAGUUCUACAAGUCCACGCGCUUCAAGCCCACCCGCAUCAUCUUCUACCGCGACGGCGUCUCCGAGGGCCAAUUCCAGCAGGUUCUCCACCACGAGCUGCUCGCCAUCCGCGAGGCCUGCAUCAAGCUGGAGAAGGACUACCAGCCGGGGAUCACCUUCAUCGUGGUGCAGAAGCGGCACCACACCAGGCUCUUCUGCACGGACAAGAACGAGCGGGUCGGCAAGAGCGGGAACAUUCCAGCGGGCACGACCGUGGACACGAAGAUCACACACCCGACCGAGUUUGACUUCUACCUGUGCAGCCACGCCGGCAUCCAGGGGACAAGCAGGCCCUCCCACUACCACGUGCUGUGGGAUGACAAUCGCUUCUCUUCCGAUGAGCUGCAGAUCCUGACCUACCAGCUGUGUCACACCUACGUGCGCUGCACGCGCUCCGUCUCCAUCCCGGCGCCGGCCUACUACGCUCACCUGGUCGCCUUCCGCGCCAGGUACCACCUGGUGGACAAAGAACACGACAGCGCUGAAGGAAGCCAUACCUCUGGGCAGAGCAACGGGCGAGACCACCAGGCCCUGGCCAAGGCCGUGCAGGUCCACCAGGACACACUGCGCACCAUGUACUUUGCUUGACGUGUUUUCGUGUCCUGCGAUCGUCACGUGAGACCAGCCACACUCAGACCACAGAGGCCCAGCCCUCCCCGACAGCCAGCACCGGGCAGCCGACUGGAGACGCCACUGGUUUUACCCGAUUCUCCAUUUUCCAGAAUGCCUUCCGUCCCAGAUUUCAACUCGGCUUUUGAACUGCAGGCCUGUAAGACCCCACCGCCGUAGGAAAUGUGGUUUGCCAAAAUCUGAGCUGCUGAUUAGAGUCGAGCCCCGUGUCCCCUAAGAUCCUCCCAAACCAGUCUAUGAACUCAGGGCUUUAAAGCAUUUUUAAUUUAUUUGGUCAUUGAAUUUACUUGUUUUUAACACACGAUUGUCUAUGAAAUUGAUGGGCUCAAACUAGCUGUGAACCUCUGAGAGAAAGCGACAGAAGCACCAUUGUGGUUUUAAAGCCUUGAACAUUCAGACGUCGUCACGACACUGCGACCCACGCGGCACUCGUGGCUCGUGGCUCCUGGCGUGGCGGGCAGCCCCGCCACACCAGCUGCAGGUGCCUCCCGCCGAGGGGCGGUGGCAGAAGACGGGCCGCAUGUGUUCAAAGCGCUGACAGGUCCAGAGAGAUUGGCAGACAAGUGCCAUUUUAAUAAAAAUGUAUUUAAAAAAAAAAAAAAAAAGAAGAAGAAGAAGAAGAAGAAGAGACAAUAUACCGAGAGUCUAAUCAUAAGAUUUGUCCUACGGGACUGUGACAUUUGUUUUCCAAAGUUUCUGAAGAAUACGGGUCUGUGGUGAUAAAUACAGUACAAUCCUCCCCCACUGUUCUUCUGUCUGUGACCUAAGAGAGAAUAUAUAUCUGGUUUGCAGUAUUAAUGUGCUAGGUAGAUGCUGUCCCCACUCACUGUGCGGCACAUCGGGACACCCGGCCAGCUCCCGUGGCCCUCCGUGCUGGUGUGCAAUCCGCGUGACCGCCACCCGCUGCCCCACGGCCGGGCCCCAGACGCUGGGUCGCCGGUCUGGAAAGUGCGCCCGUGGGCAGUGUCCCAGGGUGACAGCAGGCAGCGUGCGCGUGCUGAGUGGGCUGCUCGUCCGUGUACGAUGUUAGUAAGAACGCAAUCCGUGUUCCACGUGGAAAGUCCGGGAGGAGCCGGGCCUCCCCUCAGCUCCUCCCGCCCAGCCCUGGCCACAGUUACCUCUGGCCCGAGCGCUGUGCGUGCGUCUGUGUGCAGGUGGGGGUCUCAGUGCCGGCAUAGUCUCUCCUCUAUCUUUUCCCCUCUGGGGCUCUACGCCAGAAGCCUCUGCCCUAAGAGCUGCAGGCAGCCUCUGCUGUUGAUUGGCGGGUGGCGGGGACCCACUCUGGCUCAGAUUACCAGGCGCGCUCAAGCUAAGGGGCCGCGUCUCGCGGUGGUUCUUGGCACAUGCAGGUUCCGGGCCGAGGCGCCUGAGCUGGGGACCGUGGGGGAGGCAGGGCUUGGGCCCAAUCCGUGCGGCGAUGGUCGGGGAGUUCUGGGCGCAGGGGGCCCUGGGCGCUGGGGAGGGCGUAGUCUGUUAGCCCUGCGCCCGCUCUGUGAAACUCCGAGUGGUGACACCUUGAGUGGACCGCUGGCCUGAAUGCCAACGGCUGCGGCUCCCGUCUCUCAGGUUCCUCACUGCCAGCCUCCCGCCCGGCGUGCGCAGCCCCUGCCCACCCCACCGCCUGGGGCCGUCCCACCCUACUGCUAAGUAAGGUGUGCCUUGCUCCCAGCAGCCUGAAUGUAGGACUCGGGUUCGUUGUCGAGGAAAACUGGGCCUCAGUGCGUCCCCUUAGAGGAGGCCUCCCCGCACGACCCCCGUCCCGCGUGGUGAGGUCCGCGCUUUCCCGAGAAGGGGCGUGCCGGGCCUGGGGCAGCCCUGCGGCAGUGUGUGGCCGGCCCCGCCCGCCCCCCUGACCCCGGUGCCCUGGGAGGCUGCCCGGCUGCCCGGCGUUCGGUGUUACUUUGUCGUGUUGCUUUUCUUGCUGUUCAGUGUGAAUGUUGCUAUUUAUUUCCCCCUCUGCCCUGGUUCCUAUGGCCAGCGUGGCUGUGCGCGCAUGUGGUGCCCGAUGGAUCUGCGAGCGGCCAUCUUCCCCAGCUUUUGUAGUUGUUAGUCCCGGGUGCCGGGGACUUCUGUUUGCGAGCCACAGGUCUAGUCUUUCUGGAUGAGUUGCUUUUCGUAGUCCUGCGCAAUGUGAUUUCACACUGGCCUGCGAGGUGACUCGGAUGUGAUUUUUGCAAAGCAGUUUUGCAGUCAGAUUCUAUAUUUGAUACGAUGUUAGGGUGGCCCGCUUGCAGGCUCGCGUCCAGAGGGGCCGCGGCGGGCGGCUGCGGCCUGUGGAAGGGUGGUCUUUGUGGGCGUGCUCCCCACGCCAGAGGCAGCUCUGGGAGGGACAGCUUGGGGCUGCCUGAGCCGGAGAGCCGCCAACCCCAGGGGCCCGGAGAAGCCAUGCAAACCCCGCCCGUGACCUCUGUGUGACUGCCCUUGCGCUCCUGGGGAAAGGAAUGUACGCCGCCGCGUGGUGUGGCGGCUCGAGGCCCUGCGGCACAGACACGCCGCACACGUGGCCUCCUCACGGGGCUGGCCGUGUCGCACGCGUCGCCAACUCUUUUCUCUAAGGAAGAUUUCAACUCAGAAUAAUUGCACUGAUUUUUUUUGGGGAGGGGGGCAACUUGUUUCUGUUGUGUCCGACCGGCACGUGCGUGCUCGUGGAUGCUCGUGAGUGGGUUCGUGGUGCUGGGUGCGACAGGUGGCCCCGCCACGUUCUCAGCGCCGCGUGGGCUUGGGUCUGCUGCUCGCCUCAACUCGUCCUCUUGUUCUGGAAGGAACUUUCCCAUCUCCUGACAGCAGGGCAUGCUCCCCCUCCCCCCAAGCACUUUGCCCUCGAUCCACCCAGGCUGUGGCGGCGGCAUGGCCGGGGGAAGUGGCGGCGAGGUCACCGCUGUGUCAAAGCCAUCGCUGGUGGCUGCGGCUCGGGAGUCGCCUGAG